CAGAAAUGUUUGACAAAGGCAAAAACAAGCAAAUAGACUAUGUAGAGGCCUCUUCAAGCAAAAACAAUGAAAGCUUUGCCUCUUCUCUUAAAAAAGAAACAACAAAACAACAUGUGAAUUAUGAUAUAAACAAAAGUUAUAUGAAGGAACUAAUCAGUUUAAGCACAGAAACUGCAACCAAAACUAAGCUACUUGACUUUACAGAUAGUCCUGAAAUCAACAAUUAUGAUCAACUCAAACCUAAAUGA